AUGAAUUCUGAAGGCUCUCUCACGAUUGACGGGCCCUCAUCGCGGAGGCCAUCUGUCGGUUAUUCUCCCACGAUAUCUCUACCAUUCUGGAGACUUGUCGGGGACCCCCCAGGCGAUGGAAGUCCAGAUAAACAGUACUUCGAAAAUCUACUGACCGACAGCACAUGGUCUGAUGUCAUCAUUGUCAAUCAGUCUCGCGAUUUCACAAACCCAUCCCAGGAGCAUAGAGCGCAUCACCUCAUCCUCGGCCCAGCUUCUAUGAAAUUAGACCAACUAAUUACCCAAUCCAAACAACUUCGAAAGAACGGAACAGCAGAGGUGGUCUUUAAAGGUCUCCCAAAUUCUGCCAUCAAGACCUUAAUUGAGUACAUCUAUACCGGCAGCCACACUACCAGCUCUAUAAAUUGCACUUACCUGCUCAAACUUGACUCUGAUUUUAGUCUUCAAAUCGAAGGUUUCAGAGAGUACAUGCUUUGGCACGGUGUCAAAUACAUCGUUGACAAAAUGACCCAAGCUUACCUUGUCAUUGGAAACGAUUACAACCAACGUACCCAAGGGGCUAAAGAAAUUCUAAUAAUACUGGAAAUAUUCGAGAUCCUAUGGUACUCCCUGCUAAGCUUCGGAGAACGUGAGAUGUGCCGUCCUGUUCUUGACUCUGUAUUCCAAAAACUUCCCAGGCUGCAGGCGAAUCCGACGUUUGUUAAUUGGUGGAAUAGGCACAAGGGCACCGAUAACAACAUCUUUAUCAUGGCCCGCGCCGUCCUUCACGAAUAUGAUGGACUAGGUAAGGAAGAUGAAGACCCCGGAGAAAAAAAUCUGUGGAAGUGA